AGUAUUAAGGCCACGCCCCUAUUCUGCAUUCUAGUGGGGCCCCGGUUACGCCUCCUGUGGCUCAGACGCACAGCUGCCUGGUAGGUGACUGGAGGCAUUCAGCAGUGCUCACUGGGAUUUUGCUGAUGUGGCUCCAACCCCGCCUCCCUCCACACCCCGCGAUGUCAGAAAAAACACAACAGGGGAAAUUGGCUGCAGCCAAGGAAAAGUUAAAACAGUUUUGGUGGAGGAAGAGCCCUGGCAUUCCAGGAGGAAAGAAAAUCAAUGGCAGUAGUCUUGACACAGCCACUUCUAGUGGUUACCACUCACCUGGGGAUUCAGCAACAGGUGUCUCCAGGGAGGGCCCUGCGUCAUCUACCCUGAAGGAUCUGGAGAGCCAGUACCAACAACUAGAGGUAGCCCUGGAUUCAAGCUCCACAAUAAUCGGCCAACUCAGCAAAAACAUCAAUUCACUGGGAAGAGCUCCUCGCAUGUUGAAGAAGGGGAAGUCCCGAUUACUGAAGCUCGGGAGGAGCUUGUUCAAGUUAAAACACCAGAUGGCUGAACCCCUGGCUCCAGAGCCCCCAGCAGGGCCCUCUGAGGUGGAGCAGCUACAGGAGGAGACCAAUCACCUAAAGAAGGAGCUGGAGAGCGCAGGAAGACGGCUCCAGGCCGAGGUGGAAAACAACAAGAUAUUGACUCUCCUGAACACCAGACUGGAGAAGAGGCUACAUAGACAGGAGAAGAGGAUACGAGAACGGGAGGAGAGUAUACAUGAAUGGGAGGAGAGGAUACAUGAAUGGGAUCUGCAUACAUGGGAAUAGGAGGAGAGGCUAUGCGAAUGGGAACAGAGGCUAUGUGACUGGGAAGAGGGGCUACAUGAACGGGAAGCGAGGCUGCGUCAGCAGGAGGAGCCGCCAGGGCAGGAGAGGCCACGGGAGCUGGAGAGGAUGCUGGAGCCAGGGUGGGAAGACCUCGAUGAGGAGUGGGAAGAGCUAUCCAGCGCCUCGGAGGACCUGAACGAGACCCUACAGCUGGUGGAGCAGAAAGUAAAGGAGAAGAAGCCGGGUGGAGCUGAAGAGCCAAGAGGCUCAGAGUCUGCGGCAGCAGCCAGACCACUACCUGUGUACCGCUCUGGGAGCCCUAAUCCCACAGGAGCUGGGCAGAUCCAGCAGCUGCUUUCUGUAAUGCAGGACUCCCCAGGCUUGGGUGGAGAAGCUGUUGGUACAGGAGAGGCGGCAGGAGGAGCAGGAGAGGCUGCAUGCCAUUCUUUUCGGGCUGCCAAGAACGGGAAGAGACAUCUUCUUCAAGAGCUGGUCAAGAAAUUAAAAAAAAAAAAAAAAAAAACAGUUAAGGGGUUAAUCUCCUACACAAUUCAUUUACUUCAUUUGAAAGUUAGAGCCACUUAUGUUUAUUUGUGUUUCUAAUUUAUAGUUUAAAUUUAUUUGUGUUUCUAAUUUAUAGUUUAAAUUUAUUUGUGUUUCUAAUUUAUAGUUUAAAUUUAUUUGUGUUUCUAAUUUAUAGUUUAAAUUUAUUUGUAAAAAGUUAAAGGAGAGUGGGUCUUUCCCUCAUGUUCACUCUGGCAUCCUUUAGCAUUUUUUAAAUUUGAUAAUUAUAGGACGUUAGCAUGCAUAUCGAGUUUGCCCUUAUGUGGUGGGAGUUCAAACACACAAAGACCCACUAUAUGCACACAACUGUUCUUGCUGGUUUGGGAUAGGCUGCCAUGCUUUUUUAAUGUUAGUGCAGCAUGUAUAUUCAUUACAGAAUUCAGAUAAAA